AUGCCCACAUAUGCGAAUAGAACUGAUAUUAAUGGAAAGUCUGAUGCAGUUCCUAGAGCUUGGGUGCCAGCGAAUCCGGGUUGCUCUGAUAAUAUUUCUAAAAAGAAGAUAGUUACUUCUGAAAAUCAACCAGGGCCUUCAUCCUUUAAAAAUUUACCUGAGAUUGAAUUUACUUCGACUGAAUUACAUCAACCUGAAGUUCUGAUAAAAGUCGAUGGUGAAGAUAUUCUAGGCCAUAUACCCAAAGAUGAUUCUCACCUGCGGUCAAGUGUAAAAGGUUAUUUCAAGAAAAUAGUCAAUUUAUUCAAUAUCAUACAGUACGAUGUGCGACAUAUUGGCAAUACAUUGGGCAUCCCAGAAAGAGUAGAACCAGCUCAAAACGUACAGUCAGUGCAGGCAAUACAGCCCAUACCGUCAGUACAACCAAUACAACAAAUACAUCCAAUACAGUCAAUGCCAAUAAUACAGCCAAUGCCAACAAUGCCUAUAAUGCAGCAACAAUUGAAAGAUGAUAAUUAUUAUUCACUUCUUGAUCACUAUCUUCCUAUUAACGAUGUUGAAAAUAUUAAUCAUUUCGAAAUGUUGAUUGCGACUGACCCAGACGCUAAUAGACAAUUCAGAGAAAUGCUGACUCGGAUUGGUGGUCGUUCGGUGAAAGAAAACAUUCAUAAUGCUUUAAAGAAACUCUUCACAAACUCUUGUGCAAAGCAGUGUUCUUGGAUGGGUCGAAAAAAUAACUUCAAAGUCUCUGAUUUAAGCUUCGUGAAAACAAUCAAGAAUACCUUCUGUGGAAGUUCAUCAGGGAUAACUGAGGCUGAAUUCGAAAAUAUCGGAUCUGAAUGGUUCAGAUUUGCAAAGCAAAGACUCAUUAGAGAAGAAUUGAAGUUGAAAAGAAAUUCAGGUUUUCAAUACGAACCCAUGUAUUAAAGUUCCUUUUUAAAAAUGUCUGAACAUUUCAGAAAACUGUAGAAAUCACCUUUAUCUUUAAGGGCAUAUAUUAUUAUGUUACUGAAUUGAGAAUAUAUUUUACUAGUAUCUAUAAUCAGGUAUCUCAUUUUAUUUCAGCUUUUUCUGUUUUAAUAUUCGAAAAGGCAGAAUUUUAGAUUGAUAAAUUAAUCCUGCGUGAUUUUUUCCAGAAAGAGAUAUUUUCCCAUGUAAAAAUAUUCUUAAAAAUGUUACGGCACUAUAUUUUUUGAAAUGACAUUAUUACUUCUCUGUGGAUUAUUCCUAGGGGCUAAUACAUUGAAAAAUAAUAAAUCUGUAUUAAUUAUGUCACGUGAAAUAUGAAACACGACUUUUUGAGCAAUGUAUGUAACUGCCUAUAAUAAAGUUACAUUUGUCGACUGACAAUAUUGACAAUUAUUUAUUUCAUUGAAAGGAUCUAGAAGGUGGAAUUGAAAUUCUUUUUGGUGAUGGGGUGUACUCUACUGGGAGGGAAGAAUAUGCAAUGAUACAACAGAAUUGUACAGUCGAGACUGAUGUCCUCGAGAACGAUACCUUGCUCGAAACUUCCGUUUACAACAACAGCCCUUCGAAAAAAUUUCCCUGUCCAAAUUGUAGCAGUGCCUUCCAACAAAAAGGGAGUUUAACCAGACACCAAAGAUACGAAUGCAACCAACCUCCUCGCUUCAAGUGUCCGUUUUGUCUCAAAUGUUUCAAGAAGACGAGUCAUGCUUAUGAACAUGUUCGAAAGAAACAUUCUGCUCAUAGUGUUUAUAUUGUAGACAUUAAAGGAGAUUCAAAGAAGGGACACAUUCUUCGCCCAUAAUCGAAAAUUCAAUCAUUUUUUACAUUUUUUUGUAGGCUUAGCAUAAUAUUUUUACUUCACUUUUAUGACCCUUUUGAAAACAUUCUUCUCGAAGUGUUUUAUAACAUAUUUUAGAUAUAAAAUAUGAUCCAAAGACAGGACACAUUCUUAGUCCAUAAUCGCAAUUUCAUAAUUAUCAUUAGGGUGGUUGAAAAAGCAUCAA